CUCCGUAAAAUUAAUGUCACAGUGCUUCGGCUUCGCCACCUACAUGAAUAAAGAGACACUCUGAUUUAUGAGAAAGUAUAAACUGUAAAGUGUCAUGUUUUUGUUCCACAGCUGCAGUUGUGAGUAAGGUUUAUUGCGCAUGGAGGCAGGAAUAGAAGUAGUCAACGCAAGAAUCAAUGUUCUUCCGCCUCCUUCAUCAGUUGAACGAUUGUUCCCUAUGUUUCUAGCUGUACUGCUCAGUGUCACAUUUACUUAUGUAUUAUAUGUUCUUUCCUCAUCCUCUUUUUGUUCCCCAUUCAUACAACCAGAUGCAGCAACAUGCUUUGUUACGUAGAAAAGACUUCGCUCAUUCUUGUUUUGUUUGUCAUGAGGUAGUAAUAUCUAUCAAUCGGGGGCCGUCGGAGAAUUUUAGCCUUCUAGUUCUAGUGGGUGAGCGACAAAUAUACGCUUGUGUCGCUUUAUCUUAUGCUAAGUAUGUGCCAAGUUCAUCAUACAGUGAAAAUGAACCGAUGCAAAGGACCACUAUCUCAUGGGCCGACUUUUUGAACAAACUAGCGGGCAAAAGAUUGUAGGUCAUUUCGUUUUCAGUACUCCGUAAUAAGGGGUACACAGAUAGCGCGAAAGUAGAUGCUCC